AGAAUAAUUAUGAAAUGAAUAAAUGUCGACAAGAUAAGGACGAGGUGGCGGCGGCGGCGGCAGCGUCUGGACACACGUGCUUACCACCAACAUGGCUGAGAACGUGCCUACAUCCGUGAUGGUGGCCUCAGCUAACUCAAGCCUUGUGUCUGCAGGAAUAGAAAUCGUCAAAGAGCACAAGAAGAAGAAGAAGCAAAAGAAAUCCCUUGGGGAGGUGCAUCAGGAGAUGACCUUCAAGAUAGAGCCAAGUGAGGUCAAGAUAGAGGCGAUUGACACUUCCCAAUGGCCUCUGCUACUCAAGAACUUUGACAAACUCAAUGUUCGGACGAGUCACUACACACCGCUGGCCUUUGGGUGCUCACCACUCAAGCGGGACAUAGAGCAGUACAUCAAAUCAGGCUUCAUCAACCUGGACAAGCCUGCCAACCCCUCAUCCCAUGAGGUGGUGUCCUGGAUCAAGCGUAUCCUCUGCCUUCAGAAGACAGGACACUCAGGAACCCUUGACCCCAAAGUGACAGGCUGCCUCAUUGUCUGUCUUGAGAGAGCGACUCGACUAGUCAAGUCCCAACAAGGUGCCGGGAAACAGUACGUCUGUGUCUUCCGCCUUCAUGAGAAUAUGGAUGAUGUACAUAAAGUGAGACAGGCAUUGAACAAACUCAAGGGGGCACAGUUCCAGAGACCACCACUAAUAUCCGCCGUCAAGAGGCAGCUACGAGUCAGAAACGUGUAUCAUAACGAACUUCUCGAGUAUGACUCAGAGAAAAAUAUGGGUGUGUUCUGGGUGAGCUGUGAGGCAGGCACAUACAUCCGUACCAUGUGUGUUCACCUGGGGCUGCACCUCGCCACAGGUGCUCAAAUGCAGGAGCUGAGGAGGGUGCGCUCAGGUAUUCAAGGGGAGCAGGACUCAAUGGUGACCAUGCAUGACAUUCUGGAUGCCAAGUGGCUCCUGGACCACCACAAGGAUGAGACCUACAUGAGGCGGGUCAUCAAGCCCCUUGAGGCCAUGCUUAUUUCCCACAAAAGGAUUAUAAUGAAGGACUCGGCAGUCAAUGCUGUGUGUUACGGUGCCAAAAUCAUGUUACCUGGUGUCCUGCGUUAUGAGAAUGGCAUUGAGAUGAAUGAUGAAAUUGUCAUUUGUACCACAAAGGGAGAGGCAAUCUGUUUGGCAAUUGCCCUUAUGACCACAUCAACCAUCUCAUCAUGUGAUCACGGUGUGGUGGCCAAGAUCAAGCGGGUCAUCAUGGAAAGAGACACCUACCCUCGCAAGUGGGGUCUUGGCCCAAAGGCUACUGAGAAAAAGGCAAUGAUCAAGGAUGGAUCAUUGGACAAAUACGGCAAGCCCAAUGAAAACACACCAGCCAAGUGGUUGGAGAAUUACACUGACUACAAUAAUCCUGUCAAGCCAGAUUCUACAACAGCUCCCUAUGCUAUGAAGCAGGAGCCUGUGUUCCCUUCUGCUGCCGUGAAGCAGGAGCCUGUGACUACGACUGAGCCUGCCCAGAGGAAGAGGAAGCUGAGUGGUGAACUAGACAGAACUCAAGUGGAGGUAGCAGCAUCGUUUGUCUCUCCUGACUCCAAAAAGAAGAAAAAGAAGAAGAAAAAGGAGGAAGCAGAAGCAGCAGCAGCAACAGCAGCAGCAGCAGCAGCAGCAGCAACAGACGAUAGCCAGCUUGAACAGGAGAAUGGAGGGAAGAAGAAGAAAAAGAAGGGCAAAGAUGCUGAUGAAGAGGUUAAGGUUGAGGCACAGGAGGAAGCUGUGGAAGUGAGUGGAGAAAAGAAGAAAAAGAAAAAGAAGAAGAAGAAGGAAGAGGCAGCUGAGGGAUCAGAUUAAGGGUAAAUGUGUGACUAGUUAAGUCAGUGGAAUAAACCCUCAUAAUUUAUCCAGACUAUUUCUUGUGCUUUCACAUGGCUGUGGGAAGGACAAGCAGAAGGUGCAUGACCUGUCAAGCUGCAGACGGUGGUGCCAUUAUCCCAUGGUGGUUGUUGCUGACUGGAAAAGCAUUAAGUUGUCACCAGUUGUACUCUUGCUCAACUUGUGGGCUGCCUUGUGUGGUAUCAUGUUUUAAGAGGUGUGUGUUACAGAUGCUAUGCUGGUUAGAGAAAAUUUUCUGGCUAAAAUGCAAAAAUUCUUUAUACUUAAACUGCAUUUAUGGAUGUACAUAGGUUAUUUUUCUCUCUAUAGUUUAAUUUUCUUGCCUAAUGAAUGAGCAGUUGCUGGCUGUAUUAACUGAGCCCCUUCUUUUGUAUAAUUAUGUCAUUGUUCUUGUUUCUAUUUUGAAAUUCUUGGUGGCAUUCAAAAUUUUUAUAUUUAGCCUUUUCUUUGUGCUAUCAUUAAGAUAUUUUUGUUUGCCUGUGAAAGUAUAACAGAAAUACAACUUUUUUUAAAGGUAAUUUACAUAAUCUUUAAUGCAUUUGUGGAUGUACAUAGCUUUUUAUUUUAUUUUUUUUUUAUUUUUUACUUAAUGGUAUUCUGCCUAACAACUAGGCAGUCUUUGGCUGUGUGUUUACUGAGGCCCACUUCUGUUUGUAUAAUACUUAGUCAUUUUGUUCCUGUUGUGAAAGUGUCAACAUGGCUGUGGCUCACUGCCAGCAAGGAGCCAGGAGUCAUCUAGAGCAUAGUUGAUUCAUGUCCUGCAGUGUUCAGACUAAACCUCUGGGUUUUGUCAAACUUAUUCCAAGUGUCAGAUCACAUUUUCUAUCAUCAGUAAUGUUCAUCAAUAUCUAUGUAACCAAUUCCAGUCAAGAACACUUUUAGCAAUCAGUCUCUUGCACUUUAUAGAUUGUUAUUGUUGGUAGCAAUGCUUAAAUUGUGGAAUCAGUGCUAAAAUUAUUAUUUAGUAGAGGAAUUAUUGUAUAGGUGCCAAAACUGCACCUGUGUAUAUAAUUAGGCGAGAGGUGUUCUGCUAGCUGUAUUACAGUAACAUUGGACCAUCACCAAUAGGCCAUUCCAACUUAAUGCAAUUUGGAGCCAUUGCAUACUGUAUGUUUGAAAUUAUUUCCCGGGAUUACUUGAGUGUGCAAUGUGAAGUGUAGCCAAAACAGUGAUGCUGCCACUUAGGUCCCUUUACCCCACAUCCUCCACCGCCUCCUCCCUAAGGUGCAGCUAUGUUCAGCCAGCGCCAUGCCAGCCUACCUAGUUCCACUUCAGGCUCAUCUCAGCUGUGUUCACAAGUGGCCUCAAGUGAUAGUGUCAUGGACCACUUCACUAAGUUUAAAAUGUUUAUAAUAAAACCCACAAACUUAACUCUUUGUUUUGUUCAUAGCUGUCAGUAGUGAAGGUGCAGACUCGAAGAAAUAGUGAAUGGUGAUGAGAACUUGGACUUGGCUGGUUAAUAAUUGUGAGUGGUCUUGUACUGGAGUAGUAUUAGGAAGAGGGAUGCUGCUUCACACUUUGUCUCAGGUUUAAUUUUAGUUUAAGAAGUAAAGAGAUGACAGCAAACAAAA